AGCCUCACCCUGGUGCACUUCGCCAUCACCUGGCUCGGCCUUUACCUGUGCCAAGCGCUCGGCGCCUUCUCCCCUAAGAGCCUGCAGCCCUCGCAGGUGCUGCCUUUGGCCCUCAGCUUCUGCGGCUUCGUCGUCUUCACCAACCUCUCCCUGCAGAGCAACUACCAGUUGGCCAAGGCCAUGACCACGCCGGUCAUCGUGGUCAUACAGACCUUGGCUUACGGCAAGACCUUCCCUCUCCGUAUCAAGCUCACCUUGGUGAGGAAGCGUUGUUUAAGUAAUUUGUACGAUUUUAAGUGGGUAGGAGCUAAGCAGCAUGAGUUGCAGGUAAACUCUAUGCAGUUGCUCUACUAUCAGGCACCAAUGUCUUCAGCUAUGUUGUUGUUCAUCAUACCCUUCUUUGAGCCAGUCUUUGGAGAAGGGGGAAUAUUUGGGCCCUGGACGCUUUCUGCUGUGAUAAUGGUACUGCUGUCUGGAGUAAUAGCCUUUAUGGUAAACUUGUCCAUUUACUGGAUCAUUGGAAAUACAUCACCUGUCACGUACAACAUGUUUGGACAUUUUAAGUUCUGCAUCACCCUGCUGGGAGGGUGCCUCUUAUUUAAGGAUCCACUGUCUGUUAAUCAAGGCCUUGGGAUUCUGUGCACGUUGUUGGGCAUUUUAGCUUACACCCACUUCAAGCUCAGCGAGCAGGAAAGCAGUAAGAGUAAAUUGGCUCAGCGUCCAUAAACCAAGGUCUUCUGGAGCUUAAUAAUGUUGUGAAGGAGGACAAGUAUUUAAAUAGACAUUGGUUCCAGAAUGCAGAAAAGAUGCCUUGUUC